UGUGAUUCAAUGACCGUGAGCUGUGUGACGAGUGUAAAGACACUACUCAAACCUCUAAAAUUAUGAAUUUGUCUGGUUUAGUGUGUUUUUUGAGACGUUCGUUGUUACAGCUGGAAUGCAGAAUUACACAGGCUACAGGACUUGACAGACAGUUUGCCCCAGCUCUAGCUGUCCAUGGCCCCAGCAUCCUUCCACAGCCCCACGAUGAGCAAGAGGCGACCGCGGAGCCCAGCUUCCUGGACAAUGUGUUCUGGAUGGCAGCACCCAAAAAGAGACGCACAAUAGAAAUCAACAGGACUAGAAGACGAGACCCAAGCUUUAUGCUCAAAGUUAAGACCAACAUUGAGCCGUGCGUGGAGUGUGGCCACCUGAAGCAGAAGCAUAUUCUGUGUGGGUUCUGUUAUGAGAAGAUCAGGAAGGAGACAGCGCUGAUCCGAGGUCAGAUUAAAGCCAUGGAGGGCAGGCCUCUCAACACACCAGCGCAGGAGACCCUGGUCCUGUAUGACAGCGAGAGUCCAGGGGAGUCCGACAAAGACAAGAGGAUAGUGGAGAGGAACAGAAAACGACCCUCCUGGUUCAGUAUCUAUUGAGGUCGCAUUUAGUCGCGCCAGUAAUUAGUAUGUUGCUAAUAUCCCAGUUUCUGUAUUUGAAGGAAAUGCAUUGAUAAAAAAAUCAACAGCA